GUUGCGAGGUAGCCGGAGGGACGGGCAGGGAGAAGAGUCAGCGUCAUUGGUGCUGUGCUCAGGGGGAAUGAGAACAGCAGCUUUCCCUCCUAUCCGUCCGUCGCUCCACAUUUCUCCGUCUUUCUGUGUGUCGCCAUCUCUCCUCUCUCAUUUUCUGUCAUCCUGGCUGGGGCUGAUAGUGUGGCUGGCUCUGCAGUAAAAGUGCCGGCUGGCGGAUUCUCCUUGAGUGAACCCUAAACUGUGUGCAGUGUUCGCCACUGUCCUGUCCACACUGACUCAGCUGUGCAGGCAGCCCGCCGGCCUUUGAGGAAACACCGACUGCAGGGGCAGUCCUUUCCACAGGAGUGCUCUGGGGUUAAGCGGGCCUGCUCCCUCCCCCCGGGACGUGCCUCAUUUGGGGUCCAGACACCCAGGCCGCAUAUUCUAGAUUCAAUCCAGAGUACCAGAGAGGCCAAGUUGUGCCAAAGGAUAUUGUCCGAGCUAUCUAGGGGCCGCUGGAUCCUGCAGCAGAAUCUGUCUAUGAACAGAUCUGGCUGCCAUGGAGGUCCAGUGGUUUAGAGUUCAACUACCGAGGCUGGGCCUGAUCCUCUCUACGCUGCUCGGUGUGUGGUCAGUUCAGGCCCUUGAGAUGAUUGUUGGGAAGAUUCCCUUUCUGCAGGCCGUCAAUGGCAGCACAGUCAUGUUGCCUUGCACAUACGCCAGCUGUAUCGGCAUCCAGGACCUCUACUUCAACUGGCAAUAUGAUGACAACGGCACCAUGCUGAAGGUGUGUGAGUCAUUGAUAGUGAACGAGGGGGUGGAGCCACAUGUGGAAAUAUUUCGAGAGCGGGUGGACUUUGUGGGGAUGAACCUUAAGAACAACGUCUCCAUCCUGCUGUGGAACAUCACUUUUGCCGACGCAGGCAUGUACACUUGUUUUGGACGCAAUCCCAAAGAGAAGGGCAGGAACCACAGUGCCAUCUUCACACUCAUCGUGGUGGACGAAUUGAGGGUGGUGGACAACAGGCUGACCAUAAUGAUAGCCUCCGCUGUGGGCGGAGCCAUCGCAGCAUUAAUGGGCUUCAUCUGGCUCAAGAACCUCACUAUCUAUGUUCUUUCCAAGAUUGAGGAGAGAAAUAAGGAGUGCCUUGUAACAUCAUCAGGGAUCGACAACACAGAAAAUGGCCUUUCAGGAUCCAAAGCUGACUCAAAACCAACGCCAAAAAAGAAAUGAGAAAGUGCAUGUAUAUAAAACAAUAUGAGUACUCAUAUUUAUUUAUCUUCUUUGCAUAUAUUUCUAUCUGCACAUGUAUUUGCACACGUUUGGAUCUUAAAAACUGACUGGCUGUGGCCUCCACAGGGGAAUAUAUACAUGUGCACACAACUGUGUCAGAUGAUAUACAACUAAAGAGCGUGCAAAUCAGUGCACACAUACUUAUUUAAAAUGUACUCACAAUAUAUAAGUGCACGAACCAGAGAUGCUCAGACUUGAUUUGUUUAGGAUAUAGGAUAUCAUAUUUACAUCUCCCCUCCUAUACCUGGUCUCCCAUACAUUUGCCUUCUUCACAUUACCAGAAAAAAACCCAUUAAAGGCGUUAUCUUUGGAAUUAAAUGGUUCUGACAGUUAAACAAUUACAAGCUACUGCACUUUUACUCAAUGAAAUGUGCAUUAUUGGUCUUAAUAUUCACGCAACAAAGCAUUAAUAUCAAGUCCAAAAUGUCUCUAAGGAAGACAUUGUUGCCAAGUUAUCUGUAGAGUCUCGAAUAUGGCACAGAUAAUUCAUUAUGGACAGUGAAGACAACAGCAGUGAAGGAAGUGCAACCUUAAAGGAAAGAAAGCAUAACACUCUAAACAAAACAAAAAAGAAAUAUUCUGAAACCUGUCCAACUGAUUGAUUCCCCACUCUAACAUCAGGGUCUGCAUCGUAACAACAUGCUAUUUGGAUUUGUUCAUCUACUGGUGGAUAUCUGGAUAUUUCCCAUUGGGAAUCGUGCAUGUUUACAGGUAUUCUGUGAGUGUAAGCUCAGUGAAAGCAUGCUUGGUAACAAGCAGGAAGCUUAGUGUCUCUGGUUGAUGGUUUAUUUUUGAAUUCCUUACAUUAAAAGCAACCAUGUGCACAUGUAUUCAAUUGUGGGUAUAUUUGUGUGAAUUUGUGUACACUUUAUUAAAUAGUGUUUUUGUGUGUGUGGGGGGGUAUUCAUGAAGUAGAAGAAAAACUGUUGUAUAUCAUUCUUGCACAGUUGUGCUCUGUUAAAAAGUGGUUGGUAUUCUUGAUACAACGAUCAUUGUCUUUGGCCACAGCCGGUAUACAUUAAAAGCAUGUCAACUUUGACUGUUUUUAAUCUGAAGUCAAAACACACUUUUCUUAGUGCUUGAGACAGGAAAUAAUGUAAUUUAGUUGAAGCUGUGCUGAAUCCUCACACCAAAUUCACAGUAACCUUUCAAUCAACUAAAUCAAAAUAAUAUCAUCUAUUUCGCAGAUACUGUAGUAAAAGAAAACCGGGCGCUAACACGAAUGGCCCUGACAGAAUAUUGCAGGAUUCAGCCCAGCUCUUCAUCCUGUAGCUUCUCUUUGCUUGAUAUAAAACGCAGGUGCCUGUUAGUGCUUCUACGCUCCUCUGCCAGCGAGGACGACUAUAUAUUGCAAAAGACUUUAUAAAGCUCAGCAAACAGUAGUAAUGCAAAAAGCUUCUGCACUCACCUGAUAUACACUCCCCUGAAGCUAACCCUAUAGAUGAGGAAUGAUCCUCUGAUGAUACUGCUUAUAAUCAAUGCAUUUAAGCAUGGGCAACAUCGGCCAUAUUUUAGAUACAAUGCUUGAAAUCAGAAAUACAUACGUUUUGGGAAUACAACUUAACAUGGUUGGUAUGGUAUGGUAUGGUAUUCGGUUUUAUUGUCAUUGACUAGAGUACAGGUACAAAAGCAACGAAAUUGCAAAGAAAGGGUGGAUGGAAGAUUACAGCAUAACAUGAGGGAAGAGAGGCAAGAAAAAAACAACCCCCCGACUAUGCCCCUAGAGGGGUACAGUGUGGGAGCAGGAAAAAACACCUUAGCACAUAAGCACAUACAUCUUAAACAUGACUUGCAACGAGUAGGAAGGGGGGAGGGGAGGUAAGCCAAAGACUGGGUGAUCUAAGCCCAGCCAUUGGAGGCAGAAGGUGACCAGCACCGACAAGCAGCCAGCCCGGUCCGUCAGCCAUUACAGCGCCAGCCACAGACCCCGUCCUGUCACACUGGGGGGACGAAGCAGACGAAGGCGUGGGAUGGGGGGGGGUAGUGAAUGCAAAUCAGUAUGUUGAAAGUUCGUGUGUGCGUGGCCUGAUAUGUCGUCCUCCCCCAGGCCACAACAGACAGAGUUCUCAGACCGCAAGAUGGUCGUUGCCAUGGAGAUAGCCUUGAAGGGUCCUGGGGAGAAAACAACCACAGGUGUCUGUGGAUCGGGGGAAGGGAAUGAGAGAGGUUCUCGCUUCAGUGAUCUUCGGGGGAGUUGUUGUUCCAGUAACGGCCUUGGCCAAAGCCCGUUCUGGUAGAGGGAGCCGAAAGCAGAUAAGAUUGGGAUUGUUUGGUCUUCCAGUAGCUGCAUUAGAAUUUGCGCAACUACUAUUCCUCCAUUUUCCUCCCAUUUCCCAAUAGGAUUUCAAAUCGAUCCAAUUUCAUUUGCAGAGCCGUCAGCUUCUCCACGAUGUUGUCAUUCUGGCGGUUUAAUGCCACAGUCUGAGUGCCAACAACUCUGCCCAACGCGUCAAUCAUGUCGGGCAGCCUUAGGGGGCUUUUAACAGCUGUCACCGUUUCCUUAAUUUUCCGAUAAACCAGGGCAGCGCCAAAUCCAAACAGCAGAAAUCCUGUAAUCAUAGUUCCGAAUAGGUAGAUGUCUUCUACGUCCUCCACGGAAAGGGCUGCUAGGCACACGACACGCCACUUCCCCCACGCGUCCAUCGUGUAACCAGCAACACACGUCCCGGCAGGACAGGCAGGUUCCCCCGAACCCGAGCUUCUCGUCGAGAAGACGGUGUCAAUUGCGUUAAGAGACCAGUUGAUCAGGUCCAUGGUUUUUAGUUCGAAGAGCGAUGCUGAGAGAGUCUCUCAAGUAUAAAACAAGACAAGACAUGACGAUAGGAGCCAAGCAGGGAAGGGAAGGUCAUGGGGAGGAGAGGGAAGAAAAAUGCGACCGCCUUCGAAGAGAGCCAAAAAAGAUGGUACAAUGUACUAUCACUGGUAGAGUCAGCUCUGAGGUUAACUGUUAACCCCAUUUUACACCAUGCUAAUGUCAUCGUGCUAACCCUUGCUAACGCUAGCACAAGUUGGUGAUGGGGCCAUGGAUACUGGAGGCUACGCCUGGAUCAGCCUCAAUAUAGUUGCUUGUGCAAAAGGCUCGUUUUCCCUACACUCUUUUCCAUUCAGUCAAUGUUUUACUCUUUUCAAUAAAUAAUGUGUAUAGCUGUGAAAAAGAUAAACCCAGUUCCCCUGCCCAUGCGUACAGUAAAUGACCCAUAUAUUCAUUCUCUCAGUGAUCACAGGGUCCCGUCUCAGAUAGCAGGUUGAGAAGGGGGACUGCAGUUCAAGUAUUAACCCUGUUUAAGCAAAUGAAGCCCUGACUAAUAAACAGGGAUGGCUCCUGCUGAGCAUCAUAUUAGGAGAUGAAUGAACUGUAUCUGCAUCACACUCAAAAACAGGGAAAUACUCCUUCACCUGCAUAUACAAUAUACACAUGCAUGUUUUGCACAUUCAAGACAAUGAAUGUCUGGCUUUAAAAAGAAAUACCUCUGGAGAGUGGAACAGAUGUGUGGCUAAGCACUGGGUCAGGUCAUCUAUGAAAUAUGAAUGUACCUCCCCAGUCUCAGCAGGUGUUAGCUUCGCCAACUGUACAGUGAAGUGUGAGCUUCUGAUGGUUAUGUUUAAAAUAAUGUGCCUCCACGUUAAAGUGACUCCAGUCUAUAGUCACUGCAGCAAUAUUGUAAAAGGGGAUGUGUUGGGCACUUUAAAAACAUGUAUAUGUUUGUGUUAGACGGGAUCUGAUGUAAAUCAGUCUCAGUUUGUCACGUAUCAUCCAAGUGAAAUAAGAAGGAACCAAACAAAUGCACAAAUAAGGAAAUAUUCAUGUAAGGAGGUCGUUAGUUUCUCUAUGUGAUGUAUUUCCUGUUGAAACGGCAGGAAAUGUAGGGGAAUCAGUCUUAAAGGAAUAGUUUUGGUAGUUUGCUAAUUUGCGUUCAUGCCGAGAUUAAGAUGAAUUCCACUCUAGUGUCUGGCUAGUUAUCUUGAUCAGGUUUAGUAAAGAGGGAAACAGCUAGCGUAGCUUUCUCCUAGGUUAACACAAUCCACCUACCGACACCUCUAAAACUCACUUAUAACCUUGUUAACAUGCUCCUUGAGUCUCCACUGUCGCCUGGCAACUGCACAGUGUCAACAAAACUCUAUUAAUGUACAAUAUAACUUGUUAGUGAGCUUUAUUGGUAGGCAGAUUUUUUUUAUUUCUGGAUUGAGCAAAGCUAACUGUUUCCGCUUGCUGGUAGGCUACCAUUUUUAUUUUUGCUAAACUAAGUUUACCAACCAAAAUAUAAAAACUAUUCCUUUAAGUUGGCUAUGAAACAACAGGUUAUUAUGGAUGGAACAAUUAUAUUAGAUCAGACUGACAGAAAGGCAAAAUUUCACCAAAAAAGCUGCAAUAAAGGGUUUAUUUUGUGAAAGAAGUUGCAACACAUUGUGGAUAAUAUACAUUUGUCAUAUAUUUUCCAUAUUAUUGUUUGAUUUAAAAGAGAGAGAAAAUCCGCUGUCUAGGAAUUGUGUUGUCAGAAAAUCAGGUCUUAACUUUCAGGCUGUUGCUGCGACUUUGGAGACAUAAAUACAAUGUUUUGCAGGAUCAAAUCAUUCAAUUGCAAUAAUUUGAUUUAACUCUUGAAGCAUGAUUUUUCUCUGAGUGGAAGAUCUCUGUCAGUUAUUGUCUAAUUAAACUGGGUUAAAUAGCAACUGGAUUUUUUUUCUCACUAAUCAAUGAAUUGAGAAAGGCUUUUGGCUAAUGUUGAGAUUGUGACAGCGAGGGCCUCAUGAUGACAAGCAACUCUAUGCAAAUCACAACAGAAGUGACAGUGGGUCACAUCGCACCGUUGAGUUACUGUGACAGUUCUGUGAGCAAUACAACAGUCAGAGAUGUGCAUCAGGGAGUUGUGUUGACGGGAUGCAGGUGGAUGGGGAAGAUCAAGAGAGGAGUUUGAUGUGGACUGGAGCCCCUGUGCUGAUCCGACCCUGCGCGGCGUAUAUAGCCUCACCAAGUCAUGCUCCACCGCUGCUCUCUGCACACAAAUAUUGCCGACAGUACACCUUUAAUGCUCUGGCUCGCCCUCAAAUGAUGUCUCCAGUUUCAUCCGCUCACCCAUGCACAUCAGCUCUUAAUGUCUUUAUUAUAGGAACAUGAAAUCUAAUAAAGUUUUUAAUAAAAUCUG